AUGGCGAUCUUGACGGGGCUCUUUAAUGUUGGUAUGUGGUUCUAUGUUCUGGUGCAGAUGUCUGUUCGUCUACCAAAUGCCAUUGAGAGAAUCCCCCAAGCGGCUCUGGAUGAGAGGGUCUUUCGGAACACAACAUAUCUCAGCCUGGACGAUCUCGCUGAAGUCGUGGAUCCCACAGAGCUCAACGUCAACAUCAAUCGAAUGUUCAUAGUUGCCAGGGAAGUGUAUGAUUGGCACUUGCUCUUGAGGGCGUGCUUCUUCGGAUAUUUUUUCAUCUUGAUCAUGAAGUUCUUCAAGUCCUUCCAGGCAAACCCCCGGCUGGACGUUGUGGUGCAAACCAUUGUGCACUGCUCUGUGAACGUGGCUCACUUCGGCAUAGUCUUCUUCGCUAUCUUCUGUAGCUAUUCCUUCGCCGGCCAUUUCCUCUUGGGUCACAAGAUCAAGGGCUGGAGCUCCAUGUUGGGCUCGCUCUUCAUGUGCUGGAGUACCAGCUUAAACACCGAAAUGGUGCAGGAUUUCUCUAUCCCCGUCCAGGCUGUGUGCUUUGUCUGGACCCUCACGUACCAGGUCUUAGUGCAGCAGGUCAUGCUGAACAUGCUUUAUUGCAUUGUCUUUGACUCCUACUACUCCAUCAAGGGCGCCUCGGGGAAGCCGUUGACUUUGUAUCAGCAGAUCCAGGGUGCCAUUGCAGAUGCCAGAGAGACUCGAGGCUUUGUGGAGAUGUGGGUCUUGAUUGUGCAGAUGGAAGACGACGACUUCCCGGCCCAUCCAGCAGAAAUUGUCACAGUCAGAUCUUUGAAGCGUGCCUUUGAGAGGGAGGGCAUGUCCCGGACGAAUGCUGAGUACUUGGUGAAAAAAGCGGCGGACUUCGUCAAGGAGCAGACGGAGCAAGUUGAAAUCACCUUGUCAGAUGCCAUUCGGGUCACGGGGCACAUCCAGAACACCAUGCUGAAGACCUUGGAGCUGGGUGAGGAGUCCCUGGACAUGAUCAAGACCGAAGCCAGGAAUAAAGAGGCGGCGGAGAAAGCCAAAGAGCGCUCUGCAUUCGUGUCCAACAACAUGAAUGACGUGCCUGGCCUGGACACGAAGCAGGAUGUCAACAUGUCAGAAAGCCAGUGGCGAGUGUCGGAUGAGGUCUGUGACGCAGUGGAGAUUACUCUGCACAACAUCUCUAGCCUUCUCGACCACUGCCGGCAAGAACAGACCGACUUAGCCGGGGAUGUCAAUACUGCAUUGCAGGACAUCUGGCGCGAGGAGGACAAGAGGUACAAGGAUUUGGAUGUCUUGCUGCACGAGCUGGAGCACGGGCUUCAGGCUGUGGAGCGCAGCAUUGGUUCCAUGGGCGUCUCCUUCAGUGGCACCAACUUUCAACAGCUCGCUUCGGUUCCCGAGCGCUUGGACGACCCAGAUCUGUUGCAGCUGCUGCUCUCGGGAGAGGAGAGAGGAGGCGCUUGCGUGUCCCGCCUCGAUGCCAAGCUGGGCGAGCUCAAGCAGCAGAUGCAUGAGCUCAGUGGAAAAGCCGGCGACACAGCCGAGUUGCGGGACUUGUUUUGGAAGGUCGAAGUGAAUAUGCGAAAGCUGAACAAUGGCAAGGGGGUGAUUCCCAUGAAAUGCUUCAUCAGGGAACAGCCAAAACCUGAGAAAAGGCAGAGAAGACCCGACUCCCGCGAGGAUGAUGACUGA